GAAAACAGACCAGAAAACUUAAGAGAAAGCGAGGGAAAGGACCACAAUUUCCAUACCCCAUUUUUCUUUCUCUUCGCUUUCUUCAUUCAAUCCCUUCCCACACAUCUCAGAAUUAAUCACAUUGUCUAUAUAUUUUUCUCUUUCUCUGGGAAUUCAGCUAAACUUUUUCAUUCCUAGCUAAGAAUUGUGUGACAAUUUUGUUUUGUUUUGUUAUGAUUUAUUGAGCCUAGUUAUAUUAUGGAGACAGAACAAGUUUUGCCAUUCUCUGCUGUUUCUGUGGUUGAAGAUGUUCUUCAACAACAUGGUGCCAAAUUGACCGAUUUCUACUUUGCAUCAAGAAAAACUGAAGAAGCUUCACUGAGAAGGUAUGAAGCGGCUGGUUGGCUGCGAAAGACGGUUGGAGUUGUUGGAGGGAAGGACUUGCCAGCUGAGCCUUCUGAAGAAGACUUCAGGAUUGGAUUGCGAAGCGGGAUUAUCCUAUGCAAUGUUCUUAACAAAAUUCAACCAGGAGCUGUGCCAAAGGUGGUUGAAGCCCCCGGAGAUUCUGUUUUAAUUCCUGAUGGGGCAGCACUGUCUGCAUAUCAAUACUUUGAAAAUGUUAGGAAUUUUCUUGUAGCUGUGGAGGAAAUGGGCCUUCCCCCCUUUGAAUUUUCUGAUCUGGAACAGGGAGGAAAAGCUUCAAGGAUAGUGAAUUGUGUUUUAGCUCUCAAGUCCUAUGCUGAAUGGAAACUUGGAGGAGGAAAUGGCUCAUGGAAAUAUGGUGUGACAAAGCCACCUACCUCAGGGAAACCAAUUUUGAGGAAAAACUCAGAACCAUUCAUGAAGUCUUUGUGGACCAUGUCGACGGGGGACAGAGAUGGUUACAUGAGUGAUCCAGGACAUGAUCGAAAUGAAGAGGGUUCACUUCCUUCCUUAAGUUCACUGGUUCGUCAAUAUUUGUGUGACAAGAAGCCAGAAGAAAUUCCCAUUGUAGUGGAGUGUUUGCUUGGCAAGGUCAUAGAGGAGUUUGAACAUCGCAUGCAAAACCAACAAGAAACUUCUAAAACAACUCAAGAAGAUAAGGCAUCUUCUGAAACUGAAUAUCCAAUUUCGAAAUCUGCUUAUGUUGAUGAAGAGAUGGGAAAAGAGGAGGAUGGAGAGGAAUUGCAAGAUAAGCAGGAGGAAGACUGUGAUGAGAUGUCCAAGGACGAUGAAGAAUCAAGAAGCCAAGUAAUGAAGCAACAAGAGUUAACCCAAACAAAAGAUCGGAGCAGCCAAGUUAUGAAGCAACAAGACUUAGCCCAACAACAAGAUAGGAGCAUCCAGGAAUUGAAAAACAUCGUCCAUCAAACAAAAUCAGGAGUACUGUUUCUGCAAAAGGAAUACCAGAAGGAGAUCAUCUAUCUAAGUAAGCACAUGCAUAGCCUAGCUUCUGCUGCUUCAGGAUAUCAUAAAGUUCUUGAAGAAAACCGCAAGUUGUAUAAUCAAGUGCAGGAUCUUAAAGGAAAUAUUAGGGUGUACUGCAGAGUUAGACCCUUCUUGGGUGGGCAACCAAGCCAUUCUAGCGCUGUCAGUAACAUUGAGGAGGGAAGCAUCUCACUCGUAAUGCCUUCCAAAUAUGGGAAAGAGGGGAAGAAGACAUUUAAUUUCAAUAGAGUGUUUGGUUCUUGUGCAUCCCAAGAGGAAGUUUUCUCAGAUACGCAGCCUCUAAUUCGUUCUAUUCUUGAUGGUUAUAAUGUCUGUAUAUUUGCCUAUGGCCAGACAGGAUCAGGAAAGACAUACACUAUGUCUGGGCCAGACAAUCUUACUGAGGAAACCAUAGGUGUCAACUACCGUGCACUGAAAGAUCUUUUCGUUCUCUCAGAGCAGAGGAAAGAUGUUAUUAGUUAUGAAAUUUCGGUUCAGAUGCUUGAGAUUUACAAUGAGCAAGUCAGAGACCUAUUAGCAACAGAUGGUUCUAACAAAAGAUUAGAAAUUCGAAACAGUUCUCACAAUGGCAUCAACGUGCCGGAGGCAAGCCUUGUUCCAGUUUCAUCAACUUCAGAUGUCAUAUAUUUGAUGAACUUGGGACAUAAGAAUAGGGCUGUUGGUGCUACUGCCAUGAAUGAUCGUAGCAGUCGUUCUCACAGCUGCCUGACAGUCCAUGUUCAAGGAAGGAACCUAACUUCAGGAAGUACUAUUCGCGGUAGCAUGCAUCUUGUUGACCUGGCAGGAAGUGAGAGAGCUGAUAAAAGUGAGGCCACAGGGGAUAGACUUAAGGAGGCUCAACAUAUCAACAAGUCACUUUCCGCCUUAGGAGAUGUAAUUUCUUCGCUUGCCCAAAAGAAUUCACAUGUUCCCUACAGAAACAGCAAACUUACUCAGCUGCUUCAGGAUUCUCUUGGCGGGCAAGCGAAGACACUCAUGUUUGUUCAUAUUAGUCCGGAGCCUGAAGCUCUUGGAGAAACAUUAAGUACACUGAAGUUCGCUGAACGGGUCUCCACAGUUGAACUUGGUGCUGCUCGGACUAAUAAAGAUAAUGCACAAGUGUAUGAGCUUAGAGAACAGAUUGCUACUCUGAAGGCAGCCUUAGCAAAGAAGGAAGGAGAAGCAGAACAUCCAACACAAUCUGUCAAUAGUGGCCAUGAAAAGCCAAAGUUGAAACCAUACAUAUCUUCUCCUCCUAGACAACAUAGCACGGAGGGUAAGAAAAAAGGAGCGCCGAAGUUGAAAAGACGAAGCCUUGAUCUCCAUGACAUGUAUAGGAGACCUCCAUCUCCAUGGCCACAUGUUAGCAUUAAUAAGGUGAAUGGAAUUGGAAAAGAGGAUGAUAAGGAAUUGAUUUCUGGGGAUUGGAUUGAUAAGUUUACGAUGAACAGGAAUGACAGCUUAACUAGUGAUGAUAGCCUCGUGUCGCAAUGGGAAGAAGAAAGCAAACAAUUUUCUCCAUUGUUAAGUCCUAGUUCUCUUGCAGAGCCUCCAAAACUAUACAUGGAACAGUCCUCUCAUAAAAAGGAUGGCCAAGAAUUUGAAGAAUUAUGUAGGCACGGGUGUGAGAUGGCCAUCACAGAUGAAUCUGAAGAGCUUGAGAUUGCAACAAGUGAUUCUUCAGAAUCAGACUUGAAUUGGCUAUCACAUGCAGCAAAACCAACUGGCCCUUCAAACGGGUCAGGCUCUAAAACAAAGAAAUCAACGAAUCUUAGACCAACAAAGAGCUUAGAAACCAGGAGUAUGAUCCCAUCAUUAAUUCCUACUCCAUCAAAGAAACAACCCACCAUAGUUAAUCAAGCCAGAAAGCAUCAAGGACCUGUUGCUGCUAAGAAAAGGACCGGGAAUGGAAUCUAAGAAAACUAUUCCAAGUGUCAAGGCUUCUUAUUUUGUUUAGCUAAGCUAUCAUUUUCAUCUUCUUACACUUGAUAUUAAUUUGAUUCUUUAAAUUUUCACGGCUUCAAAUAAUUUUUUUUUCUAAAGUUACAGUGACAUCAAAAUGAUUUAGUUUAAUAGCGAAGGAUCAUUUCAAUGUCACAAAUCUUAGAAGAUCAAAUUGAUGUGUAAGUGUAUCUUGGGAAGUACUUGUUUGUUGUUGCUGUAUCAUAAGAAGACUGAGUUAAUAGUUGAAUCAUGUUUUUUUUCU